AAAACUCCGCCCAUUUCAUUCCUCCGUCUCGCCCGCCUCGUCAUCUCUCCCGCGCCCACCCCCACAAAUCUCGCUCACAGUUGGUGCGCGCUCGCGUCCAAACCAAGCAAACCCAAAACCCUAGCCUGCCGCCGCCGCCGCUGCCGGCGGGGCUCCCUCCCUCCCUCCGAUCCCGUCCCCGGCCUACCCUAGCCUCGCAGCAACCCUAACCCUACCCGCCUUCGCCGCCGCCGCCGCCGCCGCCGCCGGAGCAGGGGGGCAAAAAUGCCGCGCGAGAUCAUCACGAUCCAGGUGGGGCAAUGCGGGAACCAGAUCGGGAUGGAGUUCUGGAAGCAGCUCUGCCUCGAGCACGGCAUCGGCAAGGACGGCCUCCUCGAGGAUUUCGCCACCCAGGGCGGUGACAGGAAGGAUGUCUUCUUUUACCAGGCUGAUGAUCAGCACUUCAUACCCAGGUCUCUUCUUAUUGACCUGGAGCCAAGAGUGAUCAAUGGAAUUCAGAACAGUGAGUACAGGAACCUGUACAACCAUGAGAACAUAUUUGUUGCUGAGCACGGUGGUGGUGCUGGGAACAACUGGGCGAGUGGGUAUCAUCAGGGUGAACAAGUUGUUGAUGAUAUCAUGGACAUGGUUGAUAGAGAAGCAGAUGGAAGUGACAGCCUUGAGGGUUUUGUCCUUUGUCACUCUAUUGCUGGUGGAACUGGUUCAGGUAUGGGUUCUUAUCUGUUGGAGACAUUGAAUGAUCGAUACAGUAAAAAGCUUGUGCAGACAUAUAGUGUUUUCCCAAAUCAGAUGGAAACAAGUGAUGUUGUCGUCCAACCUUACAAUUCGCUUUUGACUCUGAAGCGGCUGACACUGAAUGCCGACUGUGUGGUUGUUCUUGACAAUACGGCUCUUAAUAGGAUUGCUGUGGAGCGUCUUCAUCUAUCAAAUCCUACUUUUGCACAGACAAACUCUUUGGUCUCCACAGUUAUGUCUGCAAGCACAACUACUUUGAGGUACCCUGGAUAUAUGAACAAUGAUCUGGUUGGUCUUCUUGCCUCCUUGAUCCCCACACCGAGGUGUCAUUUUCUGAUGACAGGUUACACUCCAUUGACCGUUGAACGGCAGGUUAACAUGAUACGCAAAACAACAGUACUAGAUGUUAUGAGAAGACUUCUGCAGACAAAGAAUAUAAUGGUGUCAUCAUAUGCUCGAACAAAGGAAGCCAGCCAGGCUAAAUACAUUUCGAUACUUAACAUCAUUCAAGGAGAGGUGGACCCUACACAGGUCCAUGAGAGUCUGCAAAGGAUACGUGAAAGGAAGCUUGUUAACUUUAUAGAUUGGGCCCCUGCAAGCAUUCAGGUUGCCUUGUCAAGAAAAUCCCCAUAUGUUCAAACAACACACAGGGUUAGUGGCUUGAUGUUAGCAAAUCAUACUAGUAUACGGCACCUAUUCAGCAAAUGCCUGGGACAAUAUGAGAAGCUAAGGAAAAAGCAAGCCUUUCUUGACAACUACCGGAAGUUUCCUAUGUUCGCGGACAAUGAUCUCUCUGAAUUUGAUGAAUCUCGAGAAAUAAUAGAGAGUCUAGUUGAUGAGUACAAGGCUUGCGAAUCACCAGAUUACAUUAAAUGGGGAAUGGAGCAGGAUACUGGAGAGGCAAAUGUCGCCGCUGCACUGGAUUCUAAGUUAGUGGUGUAAAUAUCAAGGUCCUGCUGGUUACCCAAAGAUUCAACUGUAGCUGUCCAGUAGUUAUCAGUUCGAUGCUGCCUGCUCGUCUAGAUCCCAUCGGAGUUCUACCAGAGCUGGUCACGCUCUUCUUUGCAAUCUUGAAGUUGCUUUUUUUUUCUUGUGUGCGUGUGUGUGUGGCUAUGUACAUGUCGAAACCCACUUUCUCUGGUCUAUUCUGUUCCAUGGUCUUGUUCUAGCUGCCCAUCUUUGGUGGCGAUGCACUCCAUGUUCUGUUCUAUUGUGCUCAUAGCUAGGUUCAUAUAGUUUGGAACGCCUGCCCGUCCUGUGAUACUAUGUCCCUGUUUGUUUCCAAGCAAGAUUAUAUAGUCCAGCUUAUAUAUGUGCUA